AUGUCGAGGUCGAUGCUGAUAAUUCUACUGCUGAUGGUAUUGGUCAUCACGUCCCAAUUUGAGUGGAGGCAACAGUUUGGGAGUGACAUGGAUACAAAUCCAAGGGAUCCUCAAAAGCAGCUCACAGUCUCGAAAAGAGAGGAAGAAGUUAAAGAGAAGAUUAUCCUGACACAGGAAAAGAACAUCCAUAGGCUGAACGAGGCUGUACUGAAUCUCAAGGAACAGCUCAAAAAAUGUGUUUGCUAUAACGUGACAUCAAAAAACACUCUCAACUCGUUGGCCGAAAAUGUUAUUGGGCUCGAAGAAGAGCAGAUUGUGGAUGAGUUCGACCAGCAGGAAGAAAUUCCAGUGGACUAG